UCAAGAUGCUCCAACACCUUGUCGUGGUCUUCGCCUUGGUGGCCUUUGUGGCCGGAAGCCCCAUCAACCAGACGAUGAUGAUCGAUCUGCGAAUGGACGGCCGCAUCGUGGGUGGCGAGGAAACCACGAUUUUCACGGCGCCUUACCAAAUCAGUUUACAGUACUCUGGCCGCCACAUUUGCGGAGGUAGCAUAAUCGGUAGCAAUUGGGUGGUCACCGCCGGACAUUGCUCAGACUAUGCUGCCAGUUCCUACCAAAUCCGAUCGGGCUCUACCAACGUCCAUUCCGGCGGCUCGUUGCACAAAGUCGUACAAAUUAUUCGUCACAAAUCUUACGACACCAACCGUAACGGAAUCCCGAUAAACGACAUCGCCCUAUUCCGUAUCGCCGAUACGUUCCAAUUCAACAACGGACGAAAAGCAGUGAGCCUAUUCCAAGGAAGCUCCGCGUCCCUGGUUGGAAAGAACGCUCUGAUCACCGGCUGGGGAAACACCGAGUCUGGAAAAGCUCCAGAGGCGCUGCGCAAGGUCUCCGUCCCUGUGAUCACUAAGAAGAGCUGCGACGACGCUUAUAAAAGCGUAGGAGGUGUUCCCGCGGGUCAGGUUUGCGCCGGAUACACGCAGGGCGGCAAGGACUCCUGCCAAGGGGACUCCGGCGGCCCCAUGGUCGUCAAUGGACAACUGGUCGGCGUCGUCUCUUGGGGAAUGGGUUGCGGCACCCCUAAAUAUCCAGGAGUAUACACGGACGUCUCUUACUACCGGCAAUGGAUCAAACAGAACAGCGGCAUCUAAUCUGUGAUUUCCUCUCAUUAGAAAAUGAUUCGACGACGGACAAAAAAAAGGAUAAUAAUUCUAGUCGCAGCUUCAGUUGCUACUCCAUGUAUUAUCGAUGAUGAUUCAAUUGAAAAUCCUUCUAACUUCUUGCCAUGAACUUUUGUAAAAGCCUUAAGUGCAACACUGUAUAGUUUUAAUUAUGUAAAUAAAUUGUAUAUUAUUACUAUCGUUAAAUUUCCUGGUUUCACUUUAUUUAAUUUAAGUGAUAGACGUACUAGUCCUACUAACAUAUCAAUAAACCCAUUGAAAUUGAUUAAUCGUUCGACACUCAUCAUGAUAGAGAUAUUUUGUAGUUCACGCAUUUCUCAGAUUCACUUUGGAAUGCGUCUUUGUUCCGAGAGCUGAUAUUUCCGCUGAUUCACGCGUAUCGGUUGCAAACAGACGGACAGAUAAUACAAGAAUAAAAGAAUUGAAGGAGACAAUGAAACGCGUUCAUCGUACGUUGAUUGAUUUUGUUGGUAAAUCCCAGAUGAGGGACGCGCGAUCAUAUUUUCGAAAA